UGACCUGUGAUCUGAUGGAGCCAGAGGAGCAGAUUUACGUCAACAUAGAGGAGCUGCAGGGUGACACCUGCAGCCUGAAGCACUACAGACCGGCGGACUCAGAAACCAGACCCGUGAGAGCUCCACACAGAGAACAGACUCCCCUCAGACUGUCUACAGUUUGUCUGGCCGUGCUGUGCUUCCUCCUCCUGACCGCGGUCCUUACAGUCAGCGUGCUCUAUGACAGAGACGUUAAACAGCUGUACGCUGACCUGACCAAUCACACGGCAGUGAGACACCAGCUCCUGGUCCAGAACCAGAACCUGACCGAUGAGAGAGACCUGCUGCAAACCAGUCUCAGCAACCUGACGAAGACUGUUGGAUCCUGCCCUGAGGGAUGGAGGAGGUUUGGCUGCAGUUGUUACUUCAUUUCCACAGUGGUGAGCUCGUGGUCCAGCAGUAAACGAACCUGUCGAGACCUGGGAGCAGACCUGGUGAGGAUCAACAGCCAGAGAGAGAUGGAGUUUCUGAACUUGAUCGGACGUGGUUUGAAGUUCUGGAUUGGUUUAAGUUGUUCGCCCAUGAGUAGCUGGAGUUGGACCGACGGGUCAACACUUCAAACAGGAUACUGGCGAAAUAGAUAUACAUCAAUUCCCACGGACUUCAUUAAGGAGUCAGCUAUGUGCAGCCUUUAACAGCUUUGAAGCUGGUCCGUGGAAUAACAUGAACUCAUGGACUGCUGAGUAUUGUGAACAGUACUACCGCUGCGUUUGUAGAAGGAAGUUGAACUCCUCGUCUGUUCUGAUAAAUAAAGUUUAUUAAAGAGUUAAGACGUUUGGUAUUUAAACCGUGACUCAAACUCUCUUCCCAGUUUCAAAUCUCGCCUUAAACCCCUCCAGAGCUGCAUGUUUCUGUAAACAUGUCAAUGCAUGUCUUCAUUAUAUUUAAUCACUCCUUUCUCUGUGUUCUUUUUAUAAUAUAAGUGUUGUUUCUUUAACUGUCUGCUCUGAUAUU